AUGGCCGCAACACAACCACAACAGCCAAAACCUCCCUCGCCGCAGCUGAUGGACGAACACCAUCCACCCUUUCUUCGACAUUCAUCGCUCACCCUUGAUCUUGCUCUCGGGCAAACGGCUUCUGGAAUGGAUUUACCGCCAAUUGCAGCGCUCUUCCUUAUCCGAUUCGACAUCAAGGCUGGUUACUUGAUUGAGUGGAAGAGGACAGCGACUGGAGUGAAUAUCGAUGGAGUCGAAUACAAAUCGCUGCCUUCGGGGCUGCAUAAGCUCAGUGAGGAUUUGGUGUACUUUGUGCAUCAGCCCUUUGCUGGUGUCGCAGCUUUCAUAAAUGCCCCGGCAGGCGAAGAAAACCGAAACUCGAAUAUGUUAUCUGUUGGAGUCUUGGUUCCACUAGCGUACGGUAGACUCGGUCGAAGUUGGAGACACGCUCAGAAUCUGAAGGAACUGGCUGUCUCACUUGCUAAGAAUCCGUCCGAUCAUGAACCCCUCAAAAAUUAUUUUACGCUUUAUCAUGCCUCCGACGAACUUAUGGAACAACAUAUGAACAACAAGAAUACCAUCCCCCAUUCGCCCGGGAUCCCUCGUUCGGUAUCCUUCCAGCAAGUGAAAAGCCAACCACGCAUGCACCUCAGGCAUAGAUCGAUAUCGGAUGCCACAGCCUUGCUUGUUCCUGGACAGACAUUGUCACCCCACCACCCCGCUCUAUCGCUCCCUGAUUUUGUAUUGGCAUUUGGACCUCUUAUCUUUCCAUUGCAUCGGGCAGCGCUUAUGAGAAAGAGGAUAUUACUAGUGGCAGAGGCUCCUGUUGAGAAGGCUUGCAAUUUUGUUUACGAUAUCUCUGUCCUUUCGAAUAUCCCCUUCGCUGUCGCUGAUCUCAUAACUCCGGAGUUACCUCGCUUGAAGCCACUAUUUAGCAUCGGUGUUCAUGAUAUCCCUACUCUCGAACUCGAGGCGGCUCAAAUCAAAAACCGCGCUUCCGGCCUUCCAUACACUACUAACGGCAGUGAUUUGAACAAUGCAGGAGAGCUUGGUAGUUGGGUUGCAGCAACCACGGACAGUAUUCUUGCCAUGAAGAAAGACCUUUACGAUAUCCUCGUCAAACUCCCACCCCCGGAGAGCGAAAACGCUAAAGAAAAAGUUUGGCCGACAAUCGAACUUUCGUCAACAGGGGAACAGCUCAAGGCAACCCAGAGAGAUCUACGCAGAUACCGUGCACUCAAAAGGAGCUUGAGCCGGUAUGCCAGUCAUCCAACAGAAAAUCCCUUCUACGACGAUGUCCCAGAUACCCACGACGACGACGAUAUGGGAAGUUCGAUACACGAGUAUGACGAAAAUGAUGAGUUAGUGCAACCAAUUCUCGAGAGGCGAACAUCCACAAUAUCAACUAGGUCGAUACCACAAUUCAAAGACAUCGAUUCAAAUUCUGAUCUAGAGGAAACUGUCUGUGAGAAGCUGUCGUGGCCUCAACUCGCAUAUGAAAGCUUCAUAUGGUGGGCUUCGGCAGGCGAACAGCGUAUUGAUAUUGGAGACGGUGAUUCUGAGGGACUAGAGGCGAGACCUGGGAGCGAGGACGAGGCUACAGGCUACAGUACACUAGCCACUCCCGGUGGACAGAAGCCAGUGUUCUUAGCUCAUCAGAGAAGGAGGAGUACCGGGCUGAGUAUCUCGGGUAUGGAUGGCACCGGGCCUUUGGGGAAUGCUGAGAUGGAUAUCAUCGCAUACUUCCAUAGAAUGACGAGUCGUAUCGUGGGCGGUAUGGCGGAUAUCAUCGAAGCUAGCGGACUCAGUGAAGGAGAAGGCGAGGCAGCCCCACCAGACACAGAGGGAUUUGCUUAUAGAGGGGAUAUCGAACCUAGCCCUGAUGAUGAUAGAUGGGUCUUUAUCAGCCCUGACGAUAUGCUGAGGCUUGGCUUAGAUCAAUGGAGCACAAACGAUGAGAAGUUUUUGAGGGAGGUAACGAGGUUGUGGUUUAAGAGGGAUGCGAUGGUGGAGAGGAGUGGAUUUCAGAUUUGUGGAGUCAAGCUAUGCUAG